ACCGAACACAACAGUCAUAUAUAUCAGAGAAGAAAUUGGAAAUUCUUAAAUAUUAAGUGAAAGAUGAGCGACAACAAAACCGCAAUUCUUGCUAACAAUCAACGCUAUCUUGCUUUACGAAACGUCUUUGGAAGAUUGACCAUAAUAGCUGAUGGAGAGCCAGGAUCGGCUAACGAAAUAGAAGUUCAAUUCAUCAUCGACCGAGGUACAAACUUCAACGUUAUUGCUAAUGGAGCAAGUAACACGAUCGUUCGAAUUCGACCAGCGUCUAACAACGGCAAAUAUAUCGCCGUUGACGGUUCGUCGAUUGUUUUAAAGGAUGUGCCAAAUUCUUUAGCUAUAAACGAUUCUUCGUUUGAUUUCUAUGAAGAAAAUGUUGCUGGGCAGUUCGAUACUGUUCGGUUUGUUCAUAGAGUUUCUGGGAGUUAUUUGACUCUUCAACGUGGUACAAAUCAGCUUGUCCUACAGCCCCCCUCGUCAGACAGAAACGCUUGGAUGCGCUUGAGAAAUAUAGAAAACAACAUAAGUUUAUUUCGAGCUGAGAUUACAGAGAGCGUGUACGUGGGGGAAAAAUUGGAAAAUGAAUUAUCCAGUGAAAUUUCAUACGAAAUCUUCAGCAACAGCGAAGAAUGAAAGGGUCCUGGUCGACAUGAAAAAGCGCUUUUACCAUGGAACUUUUGAUAGUUUUUUUUAAUGAAAUUUAUCUAUUUAUUGCUGUUUAUUUAGUUAGCAUAUUAAUAUUCCAACAUAAUUUGUAUAAAUUUAUCACAGGGAUUUAUAUAAUUAUUUAAAUUUAUUUAUUUUAGUGCGAAUAUUUGUAUAAAAGUUGUGAAAUAAUUUUAGUGCGUAUUUAUUGAGAUUCAUACAACGUUUUUAAGAUUUUUAUGAAUAAAAUACAUUUUUUGAAAGAAA